AUGUACAUGCAAAAGAGAGACAACAUGGGCUUCCAGAUCGCCCCAGCCUUGAUCAUCUUCCUCGUCAUCCUAGGAGCUGGCUUUUUGAUCUGCUGCGGGUUUGCCGUGUAUCGUUCCUACCAUGCUGCUGAGGAUGAUCCCAGUUGGAGUGCGCGAUCACCAGAGCAAGACGCGUACAUGCGAGAAGUCCGAGAGCGCAACUGGGGGAGAUUCUCGAAGCCGGGAGGGCAAAACCUUGCCGGUCCUUCCUUCAAUCGAAACAUGGCCCACGCGCCUAUGAGUCCAAGGUAA